AUGGAUUUGACGCCAGCGGGGGCACAAAAGGUUGGCGUUGCGUUGCGCAGAGCUUCUCCAGCCAGACUGGAUUCAGAUGCUGCCAGGGCUGCCGUUUGCAGUAUGGUGCCGUGUGAGGGCAGAUGCCACCAUCUCUGCGGUGGAGGGCUCCAAUCACUAGGCUGGCAAGCUUGCGGAGCGAAGAGGUCGUGGCGGCGCAAGAAAGCUAUGUCUGGGAAGCUCCUCCUACAAGAAGGGGCAUGGCCUACUUUGCCAGUCUUUUGGGGCACGGACUUCCUUAAACGUGGGAAGAUCCCACGAAGGGCGAGCGAGAGCAAGACACCCAGUGCCGCUCAGCGUGAUGAAAGGGCUUCGAGCAUUGCCAAGACCUUGGCGGCUUGCCGGGAGUCAGCCCAGUGGCAGGUUGCCCUGCAAGUUUGUUUCCAACAUGCCCGAGGGUCCCGCUGGCCUCGCCCGGUGGUUCUGCUGCUCUUGGGCGUGCUGGAGCGGAGCGUCCAGUGGCAAAGGGCACUGCUGGCGCUGCGCAGGCUGCGCUGCGAAGGUGAAGAGAAAGCGGUUUGCAGCGCCAUGUCUGCCUGUGUCCAAGGGACGCAGUGGGCACGUGCUCUGGAACUUCUCGAGCAGGUCACCAAGUCGCAAGCACAGCGCGUGGGACCUUGGGAUUUGGUGACUUCGACGACCUUGAUGGCUGCUUGUGGGCGCGGACGGCACUGGCGGGGCGUGCUGAAGAUUCUCGCGGAGAUCGGGCAGGGGUGUGACACUGUGAGCUUGAACAGUGCGGUGACGGCCCUGGCAUCUGCCCAGCGCUGGCGCGAGGCCCAAGGGCUGUUCACCUUAGCUCGGAGUGCUGGUGCCUGCCAUGCCUUGCUGAGUGCCUUUGAAACAUCCAAUUCUUGGUGGCGGGCGCUUGCCCUUUUCCAUGAGGCAGUGCGGACUCAGCUGACCCUGUCCGCGGUGGCCCUCAAUAGCCUUAUCAGUGCAUGUGAGAAGGCGGGCGAGUGGGAGCUCGCAUUGGGUCUUUUGGAUGGUCCUGUGAGGCCUGACGCCAUCACCUUUAGUGCACUGACGUUGGCGUGCUGCCAGGCCUCGCGCUGGCGCCGGGCGUUGGGGAUGUGCUCUCCCGUGGAUCUCUUGGGCCGCCACGUGCUGGCGCGAGCGGCCGAAGGAGGCGCUGCAGCAGUGGGGCUUCGGCAGGAACUUCUGCUGUCUGCACGCCAGGUGGUCCUGGGCCGAUCUGACAGUGGGCAAGGUCAGCCCUUGAUGUCCAGAUCAGCUGCCAGUCAGGAGCGGGUUUUGGCGAUGGCAUUACUCUGCCAGCAACGCAGCUUCUGGUGGCUCCGACGUGCAGGCGCAGGCGACUGGGGCACCAUCGACGCACGCUGUGUCCUGGAAGAGCAGCGCCAACACUUGAAGCAAGUGUACUUCAUGAAGCCCCUUGCGACACUGCAAGUCUAUCCUUGGCAUGCUCUUGGUCGGGUCAGUUCAGCCACUGAGGCGCGGGAUCCUGAACGGGCUGAGGAAGCUCAAGUUCAAUUGCAAGGGCCAGAUCGAGGCUGCCAGGGCUGCCUUCUCGGCCUCGAAGAGUGGUGGGGCCAAAAGGAACCCUUGCAACAGUAG